CGGAGUCCCGCUCCACAGAGUUCCGAUCGAGGUGGCGUUUAAUCGAUCGCUGCCAGCGCGGUUCGAGUUUGGCGCGUUGUUUAUUUCUCACGCCCCGGUACGGGGUCUGUCGGUUGUUCAUUGGCGAUUGAUUUAUUUCAGUCUGGAGCAAAAAAAACUUGUACACCCACGCCCGUCCAUUCAAUGAUACAGUGCCGUCGCGACGCUUCCGUUUCGGUUACACGCAAAAAUCACAACAAGUGCGCUUGUACAAAGGUCAACACUCUGGGAGAAGAUUUCUGUUUGCAAAAAAAUACCUGGUGCUUGAAAGUAGCAAAACAGCAGUUGAAUCGUAGUUGAAAAUAAAAACAAAAUAAACAAGAUGACUUCGAUUAAUCAGCAAGAUGACAUCGUAAUCCCAGAUGUUCAACUGUUUCAACAUCAACUGGGACCGGCAGUUCCACUGUCACUGUCGCAAUCGCAAACUCCUCAGCAACAGCAACAGUAUCAGCAGCAACUGCAGCAACAACAACAACAACAGCAACAACAACAACAGCAAUCACAGCCACCUGCACCUCCACGAUCACAGUCCACCUUCAACCCGCAAACACUAGCAAUUCCGAUAUCGGAUAUACAUAGGAUCAGAACAGCUGAAGCAGAGUCGAUAGGAUGCGUGGAAGUUAUGGCGACGGUCUGCUCGACCAUUUUAAUGUUCCUAACGCUGCCUAUCUCGAUCUUCCUCUGCUUCAAGGUCGUUCAAGAGUAUGAAAGGGCAGUUAUCUUUCGGCUGGGACGUUUGAGAUCCGGUGGAGCUCGUGGGCCCGGUGUGUUCUUCGUGCUUCCCUGCAUCGACAACUAUUGCAAGGUUGACCUGCGAACCGUAUCGUUUGAUGUUCCCCCACAGGAAGUGCUGACCCGUGACUCGGUGACCGUGUCCGUCGAUGCGGUCGUGUACUACCGCAUCCGCGAUCCGUUGAACGCCGUCGUACAGGUGGCCAACUACAGCCAUUCGACUCGGCUGCUGGCUGCCACAACGCUUCGGAAUGUGUUGGGUACGAGGAACCUAUCGGAGUUGCUGUCGGAACGAGAGACCAUUUCCCACUCGAUGCAGGUAACCCUGGACGAAGCGACCGAUCCGUGGGGUGUUCAAGUGGAACGAGUAGAAAUCAAGGACGUAUCUCUGCCGGAAUCGCUACAGCGGUCAAUGGCGGCCGAGGCGGAAGCCGCUCGUGAGGCCCGUGCCAAGGUAAUUGCCGCCGAGGGUGAGAUGAAAUCAUCCCGAGCCCUGAAGGAAGCCUCCGAUAUCAUGUGCGAGAGUCCGGCUGCACUGCAGUUGCGUUACCUGCAAACCCUGAGCAGCAUCGCCGGAGAGAAAAACUCCACCAUCAUUUUCCCGUUACCAAUCGAACUGAUCGGACCGCUGAUGAACAUGACCUCCAGCUGCAUGCAGAGAGCCCCGACGCCAUCGAUUCCUACGCCAGUAGAAUAACAUUGUCCGUUCGAAUGUAGUAUUUAUCGUUUUGACUCCAUUUAGUCAAGUCGUGUUGGGUAGAGAUGAAAGCUUUCCCUGCCAGCGGAACGGGCCGACAAAAAGUUCAUCUAAAUUCAACAGAAAUUAAGCUAUUAUGAUCAAAUUAAUCAACGUAGAAUUCAACGAUAAACCCAGUGUGCUUGUUGAGAAAAUAAGUCAUGUUAUUACAAUGAUAGUUACGCAGUCUUUUUCGCAGUAGAUGUUUUUUUGUAAAUAAAAGGUUUUACCGAUUA